GCGCGGGGUGAGAGGCGCAGGGAAGGGGGCUGCCUGCUUCCCUCGCCCGCGUCCCCCACCGGCUGGCCCCGGCAGGAAUUCGGGACCCCCACGGCCAGCCCCUCUUAGCAUCCUGAUAUUUGGGGGAGACAGGUGAACCCGCCGCCCUACCCCCACCCCGCCCCUCCUUGACAGCGGAAUCAGAAGGAACGACCCUGCCCUUUUCAAGGCUUCUCCUUGCUCCUGCGGAGGGCGCCUUAGCCAUGGCCCCCAGGAGCCCCCUGAAACCUGCAGAGACUGCUCCCCAUCCUGGCCGCCGGGGCCCGCCCUCUGCACCCCGCGGGCAGCCUGUGUGAAGCGGCCUCCCGCAGCCCCCGGCCCCUCCCCCAUGGAGGAGGAGGAGGGGGGGGCGGCCAAGGAGUGGGGCACGACCCCCGCGGGGCCCGUCUGGACCGCGGUGUUUGACUAUGAGGCGGCGGGUGACGAGGAGCUGACCCUGCGGAGGGGCGACCGCGUCCAGGUGCUUUCCCAGGACUGUGCCGUGUCGGGCGAUGAGGGCUGGUGGACCGGGCAGCUUCCCAGCGGCCGAGUGGGCGUCUUCCCCAGCAACUACGUGGCCCCCGGCGCCCCUGCCGCGCCCGAGGGCCUCCAGCUGCCCCAGGAGAUCCCCUUCCAUGAGCUGCAGCUAGAGGAGAUCAUCGGGGUAGGGGGCUUUGGCAAGGUCUAUCGGGCCCUGUGGCGUGGCGAGGAGGUGGCCGUGAAGGCCGCCCGGCUGGACCCUGAGCGGGACCCGGCGGUGACAGCAGAACAGGUGCGCCAGGAGGCCCGACUCUUCGGAGCCCUGCAGCAUCCCAACAUCAUUGCCCUCAGGGGCGCCUGCCUCAGCCCCCCUCACCUCUGCCUGGUGAUGGAGUAUGCCAGAGGGGGUGCACUGAGCAGGGUGCUGGCCGGUCGGCGGGUGCCCCCUCACGUGCUGGUCAACUGGGCUGUGCAGGUGGCGCGGGGCAUGAACUACCUGCACAACGAUGCCCCUGUGCCCAUCAUCCACCGGGACCUCAAGUCCAUCAACAUCCUUAUUCUGGAGGCCAUCGAGAACCACAACCUCACAGACACGGUGCUCAAGAUCACAGACUUCGGCCUUGCUCGAGAGUGGCACAAGACCACCAAAAUGAGCGCAGCGGGGACUUACGCCUGGAUGGCCCCGGAGGUUAUCCGUCUCUCCCUCUUCUCCAAAAGCAGCGACGUCUGGAGCUUUGGAGUGUUGCUCUGGGAGCUGCUGACGGGGGAGGUCCCCUACCGUGAAAUCGACGCCUUGGCCGUGGCAUAUGGCGUGGCUAUGAACAAGCUGACGCUGCCCAUCCCCUCCACUUGUCCCGAGCCCUUUGCCCGCCUACUGGAGGAAUGCUGGGACCCAGACCCCCACGGGAGGCCAGAUUUCGGCAGCAUCUUGAAGCAACUUGAAGUCAUCGAACAGUCAGCCCUGUUCCAGAUGCCGCUGGAGUCCUUCCACUCGCUGCAGGAGGACUGGAAGCUGGAGAUCCAGCACAUGUUCGAUGACCUCCGGACCAAGGAGAAGGAGCUCCGCAGCCGGGAGGAGGAGCUGCUGCGGGCGGCGCAGGAGCAGCGCUUCCAGGAGGAGCAGCUGCGGCGGCGGGAGCAGGAGCUGGCCGAGCGCGAGAUGGACAUUGUGGAGCGCGAGCUGCACCUGCUCAUGUGCCAGCUGAGCCAGGAGAAGCCCAGGGUCCGCAAACGCAAGGGCAACUUCAAGCGCAGCCGCCUGCUCAGGCUGCGGGAAGGCGGCAGCCACAUCAGCCUGCCCUCGGGCUUCGAGCAUAAGAUCACAGUCCAGGCCUCUCCAACUCUGGACAAGCGGAAAGGAUCGGAUGGGGCCAGCCCACCUGCAAGCCCCAGCAUCAUCCCCCGGCUCAGGGCCAUUCGCCUGACUCCCGUGGACGCUGGGGGCGGCAGCAGCAGCGGCAGCAGCAGUGGUGGCAGCGGGACAUGGAGCCGUAGUGGACCCCCAAAGAAGGAAGAACUGGUUGGGGGCAAGAAGAAGGGCCGGACUUGGGGGCCCAGCUCCACUCUGCAGAAGGAGCGGGCUGGAGGAGAAGAGAGGCUGAAGGCCCUGGGAGAAGGAAGCAAACAGUGGUCAUCAAGUGCCCCCAACCUGGGCAAAUCCCCCAAACACACCCCCAUUGCCCCUGGCUUCGCCAGCCUCAACGAGAUGGAGGAGUUCGCGGAGGCCGACGGAGGCAACAGCGUGCCCCCCUCCCCCUACACCACCCCGUCCUACCUCACCGUGCCGCUCCCCAGCGAGCCCUCCCCGGGGGCGCCCUCGCCCCCCGCGCCCCCCUCCCGGCCGGGGCACGGCCGGCGGCGCUGCGAGCUCGCGCUGCUGGGCUGCGCCACGCUGCUGGGCGCCGUGGGGCUGGGAGCCGACGUGGCCGAGGCCCGCGCGCCGGACGGCGAGGAGCAUCGGCGCUGGCUCGACGGCCUCUUCUUCCCCCGCGCCGGCCGCUUCCCGCGGGGCCUCAGCCCGCCCGGGCGCUCCCCGGGCCGCCGCGACGACCCGGCCCCCGGCCCCGGCCUGGCGCCCUCGGCCACCCUCGUGUCGCUGUCCUCGGCGUCCGACUGCAACUCCACGCGCUCGCUGCUGCGCUCCGACAGCGACGAGGCCGCGCCCGCCGCGCCCUCCCCGCCGCCCUCCCCGCCCGCGCCCUCCCCCGCGGCCGGCGCCAACCCCCUGGUGGACCUGGAGCUCGAGAGCUUCAAGAGGGACCCCCGCCAGUCGCUCACGCCCACCCGCGUCACCGCCGCGCGCGCCGUGAGCCGCGGCCACCGGCGAACGCCGUCGGAUGGGGCGCUGGGGCAGCGCGGGGCGCCGGAACCCGCGGGCUCCGGCCUGGGCCCUCGAGACCCCCUGGACUUCCCCCGCCUACCCGACCCCCAGGCCCUGUUCCCCACCCGGCGCCGGCCCCCCGAAUUCCCUGGCCGCCCCACCACCCUGACCUUCGCCCCAAGACCCCGACCGGCUGCCAGCCGCCCCCGCCUGGACCCCUGGAAAUUGGUCUCUUUCGGUCGGACACUCAGCAUCUCACCUCCCAGCAGGCGGGACACCCCGGAGAGCCCCGGGCCCCCCAGCGUGCAGCCCACGCUGCUUGACAUGGACAUGGAGGGGCAGAGCCAGGACAGCACAGUGCCCCUGUGUGGGGUCCAUGGCUCCCACUGAGGCCCACCCCCACCGCCCGCCUGGGCAGCCAUGAAUGUAGCGUCCCAGGCCCCGCCCCAGCCCACCAGGCCACGAGGCAGGGGAGGCCCUGGGCAGGAUACCCACUCUAUUUAUUGGGGGAGGGGUGGAGGGAUCACUUAAUUUAUUCCUUUGUACCCAGGGGGUGGGGCCCUGUGCCCGCCUUGCAUUGGGGGGUGGGGGUGGGCCGGGUUACUCAGGGACAGGGCAUCGUGGGGGAUUUGGCACAAAAUGAAGCAUUAAAGGUAACCCCUGCCCCCUACUGCGCUUGGCUGUGUGUCUUUCCCCAGCCGAGGUCCUGAGCCUGUGCCAUCCUGAGUCAGCACCCCCCACCCCAUGCUCCCUCCCUAGGCCUCCCUGGGUCUCUGGUGUCUGGGGGUGAAGCUCAGAUCCAUGUCCCCACCCUGGCCCCCACAAGAACACCACACAAAGAGGUUAUGGUCACCAGUGACAAGUACUUUACCAGCGAAAACAUGAGUCAGGGGAAGUUACAGGGUGACGUUGGAGGGAGUGGGGGUAGGGACAGUCCCCCUAGGUUGCCUCAGCCAAUGACAUCCCGAGUCCCAGCCCCGGCCCCACUGUCUUCCCUCUGGAGGCUGCAACGGUUCAUCUUCAGCUGAGUCAGCUGGAUGUAGCGUAGGACAUUGGUGUCUGCGGGGGAGGUGGGCAGGGCAUUAUCUGGGUGUCCCGGGACAGCAGGUGACAGCUGCACCACUUCGGCUCACACCUCCUUGUCCCCAGCCUUCAGCGGCUCCCCCACACACAUGGUAUUGCCAGAGCCCUUCUCCAAAAACCCAGCCACAACAAGCUGAGCGGGGGCACUUCACACCUCCGGGCUCUUGCUUUUGCUAUGCCUCCUGCCAGGAAAGCCUCUGCUCGCGGGCUCCUGUCACACUUCUACUCAUCCUCCAGCGACAUCUGCAAGACGUCUGCUCUCUGCAAACCACUUACAGCAAAGCCAAUCUCGCCUCUGCUCCUGCACCCCUGUGUCAUGCACCUGUUGUGCUCUUAGUUCGAAACUGAGUAUAUUGUCUGCACACACAUACACCCUGACUAUGACUUCCCAGAGGGCAAGGAACAAGCCUCCAACUCUUUCAACCCCCCACCCCCCAACCACCACCACCAGUAUCCUGACAUUGCCCACCUGGGGGUCAGUCUGCCUCCUGGCAAGUGCUCGGCACGUGUGGGCAAGCAAGCAGGUGAAUGAA